AUGUUUUCGGUGCCAGAGCCUGUGUCUCGAGGCGUCUCGUCUCUGAAAGAGGAGCCUCUGAGCGUUCGCUCCUGGAUGCACUCCAGCGGAGUCCUGGACUCCAACACGGCCAUGCAGAGCGGCGUGGGUCUGGCCCGGGCGCACUUCGAGAAACAGCCGCCGUCGAAUUUGAGGAAAUCCAACUUUUUUCACUUUGUUUUGGCAUUUUACGAUCGUCAGGGGCAACCUGUCGAGAUCGAGCGCACGGCGUACUGCGACUUCAUCGAGAAGGACAAGGAGGUGAGCGGAGAAAAGACCAACAACGGAAUCCACUACAGACUCCAACUGCUCUACAGCAACGGCGUUCGGACGGAGCAGGACGUGUACGUGCGCCUCAUCGACUCUAUGACCAAACAGCCCAUCAUUUACGAGGGGCAGGAUAAAAACCCAGAAAUGUGUCGUGUUCUUCUGACUCAUGAGAUAAUGUGCAGUCGUUGUUGUGAUAAAAAAAGCUGCGGAAACAGAAACGAGACGCCGUCUGACCCGGUCAUCAUCGACAGGUUUUUCCUGAAGUUCUUCCUGAAGUGUAACCAGAACUGUCUGAAGAACGCGGGAAACCCGAGAGACAUGAGGAGGUUCCAGGUGGUGGUAUCGACCACAGUGAACGUCGAUGGUCACGUUUUGGCCGUGAGCGACAACAUGUUCGUCCACAACAACUCCAAACACGGGCGCCGCGCUCGCCGCCUCGACCCGUCCGAAGCCACUCCGUGCAUUAAGGCCAUCAGUCCCAGUGAGGGCUGGACCACAGGGGGCGCUACAGUCAUCCUCAUCGGAGACAACUUCUUCGACGGCCUCCAGGUGGUGUUUGGAACCAUGCUCGUGUGGAGCGAGCUGAUCACACCUCACGCCAUCCGAGUGCAGACUCCGCCCAGACACAUCCCCGGGGUCGUGGAGGUCACGCUGUCCUACAAGUCCAAACAGUUCUGCAAAGGAGCUCCAGGGAGGUUUGUCUACACAGCUUUGAAUGAACCGACCAUUGACUACGGCUUCCAGAGACUCCAGAAAGUCAUUCCCCGUCACCCGGGCGACCCCGAGAGACUGCCCAAGGAGGUGCUGCUGAAGAGAGCGGCCGAUCUGGUGGAGGCGCUGUACGGGAUGCCCCAUAGCAACCAGGAGAUGAUCCUGAAACGUGCUGCUGACAUCGCUGAGGCUUUGUACUCGGCUCCUCGGAGUCACGCUCAGAUUCCGUCUUUGGGAAACUCGCCCCACGGGAUGAUGGGAGUCCAGAGCUUCAGCGACAACAACCAGGGAGGAUACUCCAGAGGCUCCAGUGUUUCUCCUCGUGGUUACGUCUCCACCUCGACUCCUCAGAACUCAAACUACAGCGGCGGCGUCAACGGCUACAACAGCAACAUGAGCCCAGGCUUCAUCAACGGAAACUCCUCCUCCCCCUACGCCAUGGUCCCUUCCAGUCCUCCGAUGACGGUCUCCAGUUGUUCUUCGUCUCAUGGAGUUUUCUCGUUUUCGGUGAAACAGAAAAGCGCCUUUGCUCCUGUCGUCAGGGCGACGGCCUCGCCCCCGCCCCCCCAGGGUUGUCCUGGCAACGGAGCCGGCAACAAUGCCGCCAUGCAAGCCAUGUCGGUGUCGGUGUCGGGUUUGGUGCCGCAGAUGUGACACGCCCCCUCCCCCUGAAUCGUCCAAUCACGUCACAGAUCCUCACGUCCCGCCCCCUGGCCCACGCUGCGUCC